UCCUCCCUCCCCACUGUCCCCUCCUCCUCCUGCCACCACCCACUUCAGACUUCCUCCUUCACUCGCUUGGACGCCACGCCACGUCUACUGGCCCCCUGGACAGUCCAGCAGUGUCGCAUAUCAUGGGGGGACUGGAACCCUCCUGGCGGCUUCUGCUCCUGCCUCUCCUUCUGACCGUGGCCGGUCUCAGUCCUGUCCAGGCUCAGAGUGGAUACAACUGCUCCCCCAUGAGCCCCGGGGUGCUGGCGGGGAUCGUGCUGGGAGACCUGGUGCUGACCCUGCUCAUUGCCCUGGCUGUGUACUCUCUAGGCCGACUGGUCCCUCGGGGGCAAAAGACUGCCCAGAUGACCCGGAAGCAGCCCAUCACUGAGACUGAAUCACCAUAUCAGGAGCUCCAAGGUACAAGGUCAGAUGUCUACAGCGACCUCAACACACAGCGGCAGCCAUACUACAAAUGAGGCCAAAUGAUACCUGUCCAUAACCUGAUGCCUGGACCCGGGCAUUUCUGAUGCCCACCAAGCACAUCAUUUCUACCCCUACGGAGAUGCACAGCCACAAAGUGCCCACCCUGAGCUAUCAGACCUCUUCCUGGUCUUGUCCCCAAAUAAACAAGGGAGCACGAAAG